UCAAAGCUUGUUGUAGUUAGGGAAGCGAUUUUUCUAGAAUAUUGAAGUAUUUCGACCAGUUAACACUUCAGAGUUUGUAGUUUCAUUGAACACACAAAUAUGGAUAAGCCACAAAUUAUUCUCCAUGUACAACACUCCUUAAAUUACACAAUCUUUGACUCAAAGUGGAUUCCAUGCAGUACAAAAUUUGUGGCAUUAGGAAAUUAUGCUCGUGGAUCUGGUGCCUUACAAAUAUAUGAUCUUUCACAUGGAAGUCUUAAUUUAGUCAAAGAGGCAGAAAAAUCAAAAGCAUUUAAAUGUGGAACAUUUGGUGCAUCAAGUCUUCAACAAAGGUAUCUUGCAACUGGUGACUUUGAUGGAAAAAUGGCAAUAUGGAAUUUAGAGGCACUAGAAGCUCCAGUAUAUUCAGUAAAGGGUCACAGUGAAAUAAUCAACUGUAUAGAUGGUGUAGGGGGUCUUGGUAUUGGAGAAGGAGCCCCAGAAAUUGUAACAGGAAGCAGAGAUGGUAGUGUGAAGGUGUGGGAUCCAAGACAGAAAAAUGACCCAGUAGCUACAAUGGAGCCAGGGGAGGGUGAGGCAAAGAGGGAUUGUUGGACAGUAGCUUUUGGCAAUGCCUACACACCUCAUGAAAGAUGUGUAUGUGCAGGAUACGAUAAUGGGGAUAUAAAACUGUUUGAUCUAAAAACCAUGUCACUUAGAUGGGAAACUAAUGUCAAAAAUGGGGUUUGUGAUGUGGAGUUUGACAGAAAAGAUAUUAACAUGAACAAACUGGUGGCAACUACGCUAGAAUCUAAGUUUCAUGUUUAUGAUACUAGGACUCAGCAUCCCACAAAAGGUUUUGCCUCUGUUACUGAAAAGGCCCACAAGUCAACAGUUUGGGCAGUAAAACAUUUACCUCAGAAUAGAGAUAUUUUUAUGACAUGUGGAGGCAAUGGGACGGUCAAUUUAUGGAAAUACAAUUACCCAGUAAACAGAGUAGCGAAAGACGGUGAUGAGAUAGAAAUUGGCGUCCCAGGAACUGUAUCACUUAUUCAGAAUACAGUUCUCUCUACGCAACCAAUCAGCUCAUUUGAUUGGAGUCCUGAUAAGGAAGGCCUUGCUGUGUGCACAUCUUUUGAUCAAAUGUUACGUAUAUGUAUUGUUACAAAACUCAAAACUAUUGGAUAACACUGCUGUUAUUUAUUGGACUGUUGCCAAAUUAACAAAAUAGAGAGUGAAUAUUACCCUUGAGAGUUAAGACCUUGGAAGAGGUUGAAAAUUGAUCUGAAUAAUGAAGAAACUUUGAAAGUCAGAUUCUUUCUGGCAGUAUCUAUGUAAUGGAAUGCUAGUUUGAACUGUGUUUACUGAUUUUCUGUGAAAUCCAAAGCUUAAAAAAAUGUGGCAUUAAGAUUUAUUUAUAAAUCUGUUGCAAAUAUAUGUGCAUAAAUAUACAUGUGCAAGAAUAUGACUGGCACUGUAAAUUUGUAUUGUAUUACCUAAUACAGAAGGGUUUUAUGGAAUACUAGUUAUCAACAAUAAGAGAUGUUAAAACUGUUGGUCUUGUCAUGUAAAAGGUUUAACUGUAUUGAGGCAUUAUAUCUUUGAUUCAUCUGCUUGUUUAGAAUGGAUGGUGUAUUUUUUAGUACAUGAAAAUUUCACAUUUUCAAGAUAUUCUUUUUUCCCAUUCAGAUAAAACUGAUUUAAUAAAAUUAUUGCAUAUUAAUCAAUCUUGGCACUUGCUGUAACAGCUUCAUUAUGUAAUUUUACUCCAACUUACAUUGUUGUGACAUGAUUUUUAGCUCGACUAUUCGAUAAGAAUAAGUAGAGCUAUUGCAGUCACCCGAGCGUCGGCGUCGGCGUAACCACUUAUGUUAAAGUUUUUGUAAUAGUUCAAAUAUUUUCAAAGUCCAUUGACAUGUGGCUUUGAAACUUUGCACACUUGUUCACCAUCAUGACCCCAACCUGUAGACAGGAGGAGGUAACUCUAUCAAGCAUUUUGACAGAAUUAUGCCCCUUUUUCGACUUAGAAUUUACGUUAAAGUUUUUGUAAUAGUUCAAAUAUUUUCAAAGUCCAUUGACAUAUGGCUUUGAAACUUUGCACACUUGUUCACCAUCAUGACCCCAACCUGUAGACAGGAGGAGGUAACUCUAUCAAGCAUUUUGACAGAAUUAUGCCCCUUUUUCGACUUAGAAUUUACGUUAAAGUUUUUGUAAUAGUUCAAAUAUUUUCAAAGUCCAUUGACAUAUGGCUUUGAAACUUUGCACACUUGUUCACCAUCAUGACCCCAACCUGUAGACAGGAGGAGGUAACUCUAUCAAGUAUUUUUGACAGAAUUAUGCCCCUUUUUCGACUUAGAAUUUACGUUAAAGUUUUUGUAAUAGUUCAAAUAUUUUCAAAGUCCAUUGACAUAUGGCUUUGAAACUUUGCACACUUGUUGACCAUCAUGACCCCAACCUGUAGACAGGAGGAGGUAACUCUAUCAAGCAUUUUGACAGAAUUAUGCCCCUUUUUCGACUUAGAAUCUACGUUAAAGUUUUUGUAAUAGUUCAAAUAUUUUCAAAGUCCAUAGACAUAUGGCUUUGAAACUUUGCACACUUGUUCAACAUCAUGACCCCAACCUGUAGACAGCAGGAGGUAACUCUAUUAAGCAUUUUGACAGAAUUAUGCCCCUUUUUCGACUUAGAAUUUACGUUAAAGUUUUUUGUAAUAGUUCAAAUAUUUUCAAAGUCCAUUGACAUAUGGCUUUGAAACUUUGCACGCUUGUUCAACAUCAUGACCCCAACCUGUAAACAGGAGGAGGUAACUCUAUCAAGCAUUUUGACAGAAUUAUGCCCCUUUUUCGACUUAGAAUUUACGUUAAAGUUUUUGUAAUAGUUCAAAUAUUUUCAAAGUCCAUUGACAUAUGGCUUUGAAACUUUGCACGCUUGUUCACCAUCAUGACCCCAACCUGUAAACAGGAGGAGGUAACUGUAUCAGGCAUUUUUUUUACUAUCAAGCACUAAGAAUAGUCGAGCAUGCUGUCCUACCGACAGCUCUUGUUGUGAUAUGUAAAUAUAUAUGUUUGUGUUUUCACAAGUUAAGAAUGUGUUCAGGAGUUUACUAUGCUGUUUCAUAUGUAAAAAAGUUCAUUCAUAAAACAAAUCACAUCUUUUAUUAUUAAAGUAUGAAGAACAAAGAUAA